GAUGGAGCGGGGCUCCGCGCCGGAGGCCGAGCGCCUGCGGGCGCUGCUGCGGAGCAGCCGGGAGGCCAAGGCGGCCGCUUACUGCCCCUACAGCCGCUUCCCCGUGGGCGCCGCGCUCCUCACCGCCGACGGCCGCAUCUUCUCCGGUUGCAAUGUGGAAAACGCCUGCCUCAGCCUGGGGGUGUGUGCCGAGCGCACGGCCAUCCAGAAAGCCGUCUCCGAGGGCCACACCAGCUUCAAGGCCAUGGCCAUCGCCAGCGACCUCGCGGACGACUUCAUCGUGCCCUGCGGCGCCUGCAGGCAGGUCAUGCGCGAGUUCGGCAAGGACUGGGACGUGUAUCUCACCAAACCCGAUGGCACCUACAUCGUCAAGAGACUGGAGGAGCUUUUGCCGCUCUCCUUCGGCCCGGAGGACCUGAGGAAGCUGUGAUUUUUGGGGGGGGGAUGAAG